GCGGCGGGAGCGGCACGGCGGAGCGGAGCGGCCAUGCCCUUCUGAGGAGCCGCGCAGCAUGUUCGGGCUGGAGCAGUUCGAGCCGCAGAGCAACAGCCGGAGCGGCGGGCAGGCGGAGCGGGGCUUCGGCCAGCCCGGACUGAGCAUGAGCGCGCACUUCAAGGCGCCGGCCUUCCCCGGCGGCGGCCCGGCGGCGGCGGCCGUGGACCCGGCCCUGGGAGCGCUGGGCGAGCCGCCCCUCCUAGGCAUGAACAUGAGCCUGGCCGGGGACGCCUACGGCUUUCCGGGCCGCGGCCCCUCCGAGCUGCACGGCGGCGGCAUGCAGCCACCGGUGCACGGCUUCUUCGGCGGGCAGCAGCCGCACGGCGGCCACGGCGGCGCCCACCACCCCCACCAGCACCCCCCGCACUUCGGCGGCAACUUCGGGCCCGACCCUGGCGCCUCCUGCGUGCACGGCGGCCGGCUCCUGGGCUACAGCGGGGCGCUGGGCGGGCAGACGGCGUUCGCCGACGGCUACGAGCACAUGGCCGAGAGCCAGGGCGGCGAGGGCUUCGGGCAGCAGCGCCCCGGGAACCUGCCCGAUUUCCAGCACCAUAGCGCCGGCGGCUCUAGCCACGCCGUGCCGGCGCCCUGCCUGCCCCUCGACCAGUCCCCCAGCCGCGCCGCCUCCUUCCACGGACUGCCGGCGGCCGGCUCUUCCGAGCCCCACGGCCUGGAGCAGCGGCGGCUGCCCGCGCAGGGCGGCGUGGACUCGCUGGAAUACAAUUACCCCGGCGACGGCCCCGCCGGCCACUUCGAGCUGCCCGUCUUCUCCCCGUCGGAGCCCGAGGGGCAGCUGCCGCAUUACGGCGGCGGAAGGCAGGUGCCGACGGGCGGCAGCUUCGCCGGGGCGCCCGCCCUGCCCCGGGCACCGGGCAUGGCCGUAGCCAAGGCGCACCCGCCGCAGCAGCACGGCGUCUUCUUCGAGCGCUUCGGGGGAGCGCGGAAGAUGUCAGCCAGCCUGGAGCCGGGGGCCAGCGCCAGGCACCCGCUGAUCCAGCAGCAGCCGCCGCAGCCCCCGCAGCAGCCGCCGGGCUUGUUGGCCAGACAGAACUCCUGCCCGCCAGCCAUCCCUAGGCAACAGCAAACAGAAGCCAACGCUCCCAACCCCAACCUGCAGGACAAUGGGCCCAUAAUGCAGAACCAGCAUGCACAGUUUGAAUACCCUAUUCACAGACUGGAGAACAGGAAUAUGCAUCCCUACACCGACCCCGUGUUUAAUAUGCAGCACCCUCCUCCGCAACAGCCACCAAAUCAAAGACUGCAGCACUUCGAUGCCCCCUACGUGAGCGUCGCCAAGAGGCCGCGGUUCGACUACCCCGGCAACCCCGGCGUCGAGCGCUGCGCCUCCUGGGGCAGCGGCAUGCACGGCCCCGCCAUGGAGAGCCACCUCUCCCCGACGGCCUACCCCGGCCUGCCGGGCGAGUUCACCCCGCCGGCACCCGAGGCCUUCGGGGGGCCGCUGCCGCACGGUGGCCCCGAGCACCCGGCGCUGGCGCAACGCCAGAACGCGGCCCUGGUGAUGAAGCAGAUGGCCUCGCGCAGCCAGCAGCGCCUGCGGCCGCCCAGCCUGCAGCAGCUGGGGCACCACGGCGAGGUGGGCCCGCCCGGCGGCCUGCCCCCACCCGCCUUCGAGCGGGAGGCCGGCGGCGGCCGCGGCUUCGACCCCCCGGCACCGCACCUGGCCCCCGACAGCGCUUGGUUCGCGGGGCCACCGCCGCCGCCCGGGGAGCUGCUGCAGCGGCGCAUGGCGGCACCGGGGCUGCCGGCCGAGGCGGCGCCCCACGAGCUGGGCCUGCAGCCCGGCGGUGCUGCCGUGCUGUUCCGGCCGGGAGCCGGCGGACUGGGGCUGCAGGAGCCGCUGCGGAUGGCGGGCGAGGGGCCGGCACAGGCCCUGCCCUCGCCCGGUGUCCACCCGCCCUUCGCACCCGCCAUGGGUGGCCUCUCGCAGCUGCAGUCUCCGGGCGGCGGCGUGGCCCUGCCCAGCGCACCCGCCGAGCGUCGAGGCCCCACCGACUUUGCCGCCCAGCCCGGCUUCCCCUUCGCGGCAGCAGCGCGGCAGCCCGCGUCCCACGGGCCCACGCCUGCCCUCAGCGCCUCGCCGGGUGCCUACCCGCCGCCCCCGCCCGAGUUCCCCCCGCCGCCGCCCCCGCGUCCUGCCGCCAGCAAGCUGGGUGCCCUCUCGCUGGGCUCCUUCAGCAAGCCGGCCAGCAAGGACAACGUCUUUGGGCAGAGCUGCCUGGCCGCUCUCUCCACUGCCUGCCAGAACAUGAUCGCCAGCCUGGGUGCCCCCAACCUCAACGUCACCUUCAACAAGAAGAGCCCGGCCGAGGCCAAGCGCAAGCUCAGCCAGGCCGAGCCCGACCCGCCGCCGCCCGCCGCCCCGGACUACUUCCCGGCGGGGCCACCGUCGGGCACAGCGGGCGCUGGCAAGGUGUCGGGCCCUGCCCCGCUGAUACCAGCCGAGAGCAGCCUCUCGCCCGGCUACGCGCUGGAGCCGGCGGCCGGUGGUGAGGGGAAGGCGGGCGGCGGGCGGGGGCGGGGGCGGCGGAAACGGGACAGCGGGCAUGUAAGCCCCGGCACCUUCUUUGAGAAGUUCUCGGCUGCAGAGGGCGGCGGGGCCGGUGUCAGCCCGGGGCAGCCGGCAGUCCCAGCUGCAGCCGGGGGGCCCCCGGGGCCUGCGGAACGUGGUGGGGGAACCCCCCAUGACAAGCCUCUGACCUCGCCCACCUGGGGCAAGGGCGGCGAGCUGCUGCUGGGGGAGCAGCCUGACCUGAUGUCCUCCCUGGACAGUGGCAUCCAGAGCGUGACCAAGUCGGACGGCAGCUCCCCACACGUGGACUUUCCCGACGAGGUUAGCACCAGCUAUGGCAAUGAGGAUGAGGUGUCCUCCAGCUCCGACAAUGCCGCCUCCAAGCCCACCCGCAGCCCGCUGCUGGGCGGCUCGCCCAAGCUGCCCCGCGGGGAGCACACGCUUCUCAAUGGACAGAAGCCCCUGGCCCUCGGCCUCCUCAGUACGUCUACCUCGACCCCCGACAGCUACGGGCUAAGCACCACAGCGGGUGCCCACCCUGGCACGCCGAGCAUGGAGCAGGUGCGGACCCCGACAAGCACCUCGGCCCAGGAUGAAAUCCACCCCCUGGAGAUCCUGCAGGCGCAGAUCCAGCUCCAGCGGCAGCAGUUCAGCAUCUCGGAAGACCAGCCCUUGGGGCUGAAGAGCAAGAAGGGGGAGUGUGCGGGGCAGAACGGGGACAGUGACCUGGGCAGCUGCUGCUCAGAAGGCGUCAAAGGUGCCAUGAGCACCAUCGACCUGGACUCCCUGAUGGCGGAGCAUAACUCCACCUGGUACCUGCCCGGUGAGAAGACCCUGAUGGAGGGACAGGAGGAGGACAAGCCCAUGGCACCCUGGGAGAAGCCCAAGCCCCCAAACCCCAGCAAAGAAGCCCAUGACCUUCCCCCGAGCAAGACCCCGGCGCAGAGCGGCAGUCACCUGCAGUGCCUCUCGGUGCACUGCACGGACGAGGUGGGCGAGGCCAAGGGCCGGACUGCGGUGCCGACGUGGAGGUCCCUGCACUCGGACAUCUCCAACAGAUUUGGGACUUUUGUGGCCGCCCUGACUUGAACAAAAGAAAUUAUUUUUUUUCUCUUUUUAAUUUCAAAGGGCCGCUACUGCUAGGUGGACUAUUUUUCUAGGUUGGUACCUGCUUAGUGGCAUAUGGACUGGAAAGGGUUAAUUUAAAGUAAACCUCAACUUUUUUUUAAUCUGCCACAGUAUGUUACCAGUGUUAACCCUUCUGCAGUUAGCACACUUUUGCUUAAGAUUUUCCUGCUAGACCACUUUUUCCCAUUAUUCUGCAACCUUGGCAUACAUUUAUAGAUGAGGCCUUUUCCUUUUUCAUCUCAGCGUAUGUCCAAGUCACGUAUGUCAUCAUAAGACAAAGAUCCUCCUCCUGCUUUUCCUCCUCAUUUUCUUUGUUUUCCUUUUUUCCUUUCUUGCUUUUUUUUCUUUCUUUUUUUUUUUUUUUAAUUGGCUUUGUUCAGUGCUUAUUACAACGGUGAUCCUGAAGAGCAGCAGUUCAGGAAUAAAUGCCGGUUAAAGUGAAAUGGUCAUCAUUACAGUAUGUAUUAUAUUGACACCCAGCUUUUGCCAGUCACAUACAAACCAAACAGUUAAUGCUCUGUUGACUAUUCAGGCAACAAGCCUGCCCUUUCCUGAGAAAAUGAUGUUCUGUUAUUGGUACUGUUCAGCCUGGCUUGCUCUCUGCCUCCCCCGGCGAGGCGAGGACGUUCCUUCCUGUAUUUACCUUGCUCCAGUCCAGAGAUGGAACGUGGUCAUGAACGGGCUGGUUCAGGCACAGCCGGGGGAGGUAUAGAGAAGUUUCUCUAAAUAAGUCUAACAGGAAGUUUGCUUAAUAAUUCAGAGUCAUUCUCUCCCCCACUGAGUGCCCAGGCUCCCUCUCUGCUUGCGGGGGCUGCUCGCAGCCUCCCGCUCCCAGUGAUGCUCCCACAGUUCCCACUUUAUCACCGCUGGAGAAAAAAACUGUCCUUGAGCCCCCACGUGCCCUCUGGGUCCUCAGAGCCCUGCCAGCCAGCACUGCCACACCCUGCACAUUUUUUACCCAUUUUUAGCUGAAGGAAGAUGCUGUUGAAUGGAAGCUUGCCUGUGUGGCUGUCCCAGUGUGGUGCCAGCAGUCAGGGGGUGGCCCAGGCAGGGGGAUGUGGGGGACUGGAUCCCCAGGGUCAGUGUUUCCUAAUCUGCCAGGGCAGGGAGACCCCACGUUAGACUCCCCCAAACUCAUUUAAGGCCCCGUUUUUGCUACACACUGAAGAACAGUGUUGCUGGAUGCAGACAAUAAAAGGAAAACCAUACUUUCCUGCUUGUGAUAGAUAAUACUUGUUUGAGAAGAAAGUUGGAAGCAAACCAGAUAAAACCCUGGCUGAAGCAGUGGUCUGACACUCCUAUGGUUUUAUGUAACACUGCCUGUUACUCGUGCCUCCCCUGAGCCCAAGGGCUGCCAUCCCACCCCAUGCAGACCUUCUCACUGUCCUCUGCUCCCUGGCACUGGGUAACAUCACUGGGGGUGUUGGUUUUGGCUGUGAUUGGCCUCUGGGUUUAUUUUUUGCAUUUGCUGAGAACUCACAGAGUGUGUCCCUCCUCAUGAAGUGGAGAUUGAGGACUGCUUUGUAUUUGAUCUUCCAUAGUUGUGCUGGGCCUUUGAUUGUUUUGAAGCAAUGUUCUCACUAGACACCAGUGGAGAGGAAAUUCUGCUUAAACUACCAACAGCACAGGGUGGUCCCAACCCCUCACUUGCCAUGAUGUAGCUUCAGAGAGACUCAGUAUUUGAAAUGUUAUUUGAGUGUGCUCUUAGUGACCAUGCAUGGAUUGAUUACCUCGUAUGGGCCUGGUCAGUGACAUUGGAUAAAUUUGGAUGGUUUUGAACCUCAAUUUUCAAUCUUAUGUUACUUUUUAUUGAAGCUGGAGCUGCCAGCUGCUGCUGGAGCUACGUUCUGUAGGUGUGUGCAUGCUGCCUAGAGCUCCUCCCUGGCCCUGCAGCAGAACAUCCCCACCCCAGUAUCUGACCUCCUGGUACAACAGUCAUGGUCCCCCAACAGGAGGAAGCCUCUUUCUCCUGGUUCACCCAGAUGUGUUUAACUGUAAAUCCUUUCUAGCAAAGGCCCUGGGGGCUGCUGAGCUGAGGGGGGUUCAGUGGCCACUGGGGGGCUUCUCUCUGCAGCUCCCACUCUGUCCUGGUGCUCCUGCCCAUCCCAGCUGAAGGGGUCUUGGAGUAACCCCAGUGAAGCACAUGCCAGAGGCACAGAUACCACUUUUUAGCACUUACAGCUGGAAGUUUAGGAAGUGUUCAUGGUCUGGCAGCAUUCCUGUACCAGCACAGCCCCAUGGCUCAUGUCUUUGUUUUUAGUUUUUCUGCUGCAUUCAAGAGAACAGGUUUUUCAGGCUUCCUGAGGUCAGGGAUGCACACCCUGUGCUACCGGGAAGAGACCUUGGGAAGAGACCUCUGGGUGAAGGCUGCAUCAGACACUUCGGGUUGCUUUUAAAGAGGAAUCCUCAUCCCAGUACAAGUGCUGAGCUCUGUGAGUCUCACCCACCCUUUCCUUUGGGUUUGAUCUCUGCAGCUUGUGCUUCUCUCCUGGAGCUGCUGUUUUCAGCCACUUGGGACUUUUUCGCUUGUUCAUAGAAGUAAAAAGUGGAAGCAAUUCCUUAAAACCAACACGAUCCCAACAACAGUUUGAAACCCCAUGAGAGGGAGAGGACAGGCUGCCAGGCAGUGGGGCAGGGGGAGGAUGGGAGUUCCAGACAGUGAGGAAGUUUCUGUUCUGCUGAAUAAUAUGGCCACAUGCAGUCCUUUUGCUAACCUCCUACACCCUUAGUCUUGUUUCAUUGAAUUAGCAUCAUCAACUGAGCAAAAGGAGAGGUUGGGGGCACUGCUCAGGGCAGCUGUCAGCACUGCCAGCACCAGAUUGUGCUUUGUGGUUUCCUUGCAUUUUGCCAAAGAUCAGACCAGAAAUGGUACAUAUGACAGACCAGGGCAAGCAUCACUUCUGCUGGAGACCUGGUGUGUUUGGUACUGACAGCACCUGCAGAAAGCUGGAGCUUUGUCACAAAGCUUCUGUUCCCUGCAGGAAUUUUGUUGUACUCAUUUUCUCCAUUAAACUGACAUGGAACACACUGAUUUUCUUUUAGAGUAUAUAAAAUAUCAGCAUAACCCUGCAUUGUAAGAAUUGAAAUUAUUUAAUUUCCUGAAGAACAAGGCUUCCAACAGAAGGGCGUUUGAGAGCUGUAGGUAAAAGCCUGUUGUGCAAGCAGUAAGUUGCACUCUUCUGGAGAGGGAAACUGAGUCACAAACAACAUCAGCCCAUGCUGGUUCAAAGACAGGUCAGUGGCAGAGCUGCCCUGUCCCUGAGGGCUGAGCUGCAUAGCUCAAGACUUGCUUCCUUCAGAGGAUGAGCUGGUGCAAGAGAGGGUGAAAUUCCAUGAGCUACAUGAUCCCCAAAGGACAGGGUAAAGCAAAGUAAUCUCAGCUCAAUCUUGUGUGUCCUGCAGGGCUUCCAUGUAUGGGGACGUGGCACCAAAAUGUCAAAGACCUGUGGGAAAUGCACUAUUGGGGUAUGCACCAUCUUUGCUUUGUGUUGUGAACACCAGAAAUGGGGCUGCUUUGUCCUGGGGACUUCUCUGCCCUGCCUGGUGAGAGGUGCUCCCACCCAACCCCUGCCCAGCAGCUGGGGGUGUGGAACCUGUGUGCCACUGACCUGACCCAGCUCCCUAACUCCUUUGGCAUUUCAUAAAAGAAACACAUCAUCUAUCAUUCAAGUUUAAUGUAGUGGCAAACUGAGCAAAUCUUUCUUGUAUUUACAUUGGGAGGAGUGAGAAAGUAUGUCUGCCCCAAAAUAGGAAAGGAUAGACCUUAUUCAUGACAGACCCUUGUGACUUUUCUCCAGGCCACUCUUUCCUAGGGUUACUCAUUCUAUGCUGUUCUAUCUUGGUUGGUAGAGCAUCAGUGAGAGAGGGUUUAGACUUACUUUUGUCUGGUUAUGGUGACUUUCAUCACACAGAUGAGGAUUUGGCUGUGUGGUUCGUGUGGCAGGGGGUCAGCACCAGCCUUGUCACCUGGGUCAUUUCAGGACUCAGUUUGGAUCCUGUGUGGCUGCGUGGUCCCUGCCUGCCCCAGGAGUGGGGCUGAGCCCUCCAGGCACCCCCAGAAUGCUCCCCCCUGGGGCUGGGGGCAUGGGGUGAGGUGAGCACGGGGCAGUGGAACACAUCAGUUGCUGGGGGGUGGCGUGGGGGCACAGACAGAAACAAAAUUGGUAAAUUUUGGUUAUUUUUGUUAAGCUGCAGUGUAAGGUUUUCUCAAGUACUAGAUUCACAGCUGUUCAAUGGAUGGUGUGUAAGAGCAUAACCCAUUUUUAUAGAAUUGUUUCUCCUUUAUUGCUUAAGGCUAAUGGAGGAAAUAGUCUAAUUUUGUCUUAGAAAUUCUCUAUUAAAAUUGUUGGUUUGAGUCCAUCCGCUCAUAGAUUCUGACUGAUGAAACUGUAGGCUGUGAUAUCAGCAGUUAUAACUUUAUCACUAUUCAGUACCCAAGAAUAUUACAGCUUUAAAACAGCCUUAAGCAAAAGGAUGUUAUUUCUUUGUACUAAAUUUGGUUCAUGGAAAACAAACAAACAAAAAAACCUCAAAACACUGGUAAUCCGUACUGCAUAGCAAACUCUUCUGAAAAAUGUUAUUGCACAUGUAAAAUAUGAAAACUUGACUCUGCUGUGUGUUAGGCAAUCCUGUAAUUUUUUUUUCUUUUUUAUUUUUUUUCUUAAUUCCUGUUAAAUUCAUUUCUUAAAUGCUUGGUUGGAAGACUGUGACAAUAGCUCAUGAAACUGAGUGUUAUUUUUUUCCUUUUUUUAAAUAUGUAAAGUGCAGUCUUCUGUAUUCAUGCAUAUUGUACAUAUCUGUAUAUGUUUUACUGAGCAACUAAAUAACAAUAAAUAUGAUGUUAAUGGUGGCUAUUGUA